UGCCAUGCAUAUUUUUGCAAUGUGGGAGGAAACCAGAGGACCCGGAGAAAAUCCACGCAGGCACGGGAACAACAUGCAAAGUCCACACACAAAGGCCAGAGCCAGAAUCGAAACCAGCACCUCUGGUUUGUGAAGCCGACGUGCUAACCAGUGCCGCUUCUUGUACAAACACGAUAACAAAUGUAGCAUUAGCACAGGAGCCAGCAUUAACACAACUUGGAAAGUGGCUUGGCUGAUUCACCAGACUUCCAGAUUCCUAAAGUAGAUUAUGAAGGUCAUCAAUUGUCCCCAACAUCUUAUUAAUAGUUUCAACUAUAAAUCCCUGUACGCUUUAAUAUUCCAAACUUCUUUUACAAGAUUACCAUUAAAAUGAAGUCAUAUACGUAUACAGAACUUAGAUUGGUCAAGUUGUGAAUCCAUAACUGCAAAUAGGUGACAAUUUCCCUGAGUUUUUCCUGUGUCAUGUGAUCUUGCCAGAAAAGAGGUUACUGACCUGAGAUGGCACUCAAGAUAGUAUGCCAUCAUCAUUGUUUUUAUCAUCAUCUAAGGUUCAAUUUACGGUCUCUCACUUUAAAGGAAGUAGUUUUAAAGUAGAUCAAGUUGAGAAUUAUUUAAAGUAGCUAUAAGAUGUUAACUGCACUAAAAGUGCAACCAACAUCCUCAACAUUGUAGUGUGUGUCAGCAGCUUCAGGGAUGUGAAGCAAAAACGUCUGAGCGUUAUGAAACUCUGGGAACGGAAGACAGAAAAAAAAAACGAUUUUGACACAGGGUUUUGUUUUUUUUGGGGGGCUUGCAACAUUUCAUAAGAGUGGGUUGAGGCAUUUUGAAACGUGUGUGUGUGUGUGUGUGUGUGUGUGUGUGUGCGUGUGUGUGUGCGUGUGUGCGUGUGCGCGUGUGUGUGUUCGUAAGACAAUCUAUUAUUGUCAGCACAAAAAUAACUGAACCUCUGUCAUGUGGCUUUGCCAGCUGGUCUAUGUGUAAGAUCUUUGGAGAUGCUCAAAAGAGUGGAAUUUAUUUUCAUUUUUUUAAACCCUCAGCAAACACUACAGAUGUAAGUGGAGCAAAACAUCCUUGAUUGUGCUGUUGGCCUCUAUAGCAAGACAAAAUUGACUAUUUUUGAUCGAGAUACGCACUGUAAAUGUGCUGUAAAUCCUCGAUGAUGUCACAAGUUUUCACAGGAGGAAAGAUGACUUCAAGGGAGGCGCAGCAGCUGGGGGGUUGGAGGAGGGGAUUUACUGCUCAGCUAACUGCCGUAUUCUGUAGUUGAAUCACAAAUCAAAUGAUAAAUGACCUAAUUAGAAUAUAAAUAGGAGGAUGGAGAAGAUUUACUUCCCAUUAGACCGGCUGCUAUUUGAAGAAAUAAUCAGUUUGAAAGGUUAAGUGAAGAAUUUAACAUCUUUUUCGAAAGGAAGUGAUGACUGUCGUCAUCAUAAUAGUGCACCAACCAAGUCAACCGCUGAGUGCUGCCGGCACAUCCGUCACCCAGUUCUGAUUGUAACCCAUUUUGCACGUCCUGUAAAAUGACCGCAAAAAAUAUUUUCCCGCCCCCGAUGUCGCACAUCCAUUUACAGGGGUGCCUUUAGAGUGAUCCAAUGUUCAAGUUCCUGUACUUGAUAUAUGAGCAGUUAUUCUGGGUUUUAAUUUAUUUAUUUUGCGAGACUUGCAAUCGCAAACUUGCAAUAUGAUUGCUGUAUGAGAUGAACUGCAAUCUUACACUUUGCUGAGUUCUGGCAAUUUUAACAGAGCGAUGUGUGCCAUUUUUACCCUCAGUUCAACACACGGGUGUGUGGGGUGAGGGGAGAUCAAACAUGAGAGCGGCUGAUUGUGAGUGGCAGCCUUACAGUAUUUCCUUCCUCCAGUCAAUCACUUCAAGGAACCCGCAGACGUUUUUGCACCACUUCGCCGGCCCUCGAAUGUUCCGACAAGACGCGAUGAAGGACGCACUUGUGCUGCUGGUGAUUUUGCUGGAUGUGCACGCGUUCAAGGUGUUAUCACUGCCCUACCAUGCAGACUCUCAUAAAAACUGCAACAACCCGGACCGAGAAUAUUUGUUGGAGUCUUUGGGCCUGUGCUGCAAAAAGUGUCCUCCUGGGUGGCGGCUGACGCGCGAGUGCAGCGGGACAUCAGAGAGUGUGUGUGAGCCGUGUGAACGUGAGCAGUAUAUGGAGAACUGGAACUACGCACCAAACUGCUUCCCUUGCGCUAAAUGCAAAACUCACAAAGGCCUGCAGUUUGCCAUUGCCUGCUCCUCCACUGUCAUGUCCAAGUGCGUGUGUCGACCUGGCAUGUACUGCAUCAUGGAAUCUGAUGAGCAACACUGCACUGCCUGUCAACCCCACACGUCCUGCAGAGCUGGUUAUGGAGUCUCUGUGCUAGGUACGGCUGACUCAAAUGUCAAGUGCAAACGGUGCCAUGAAGGGACAUUCUCCAACACGUCCUCCGCAACAGAGCCUUGUUGGCAUCAUACAAACUGUCACGGAAGGCCUGUGUUAAGAGCAGGCACUUCUACGUCGGAUACGGUUUGCGAGCCUGGCCCGCUGCCACUCACGCACACGAGCAGACAUCGCAAUCAGACUACGAUUACGAGUACACCGAGCCUGGUCUCAGGAGGGACUGUAGAUCCUUUCUUUGGACCAGCUACUUUGGAGGGUUCACUGUCAUCCUCACUGACGCAAAAAACAGGAGUUGAUGGUGAACUGGUUGCAGCAGUCUCCAGCAUUGUCGCCACAGUCACGUUCUUCAUCAUUGUCGCCAUCGUCCUGCUGGUCCUUUAUAAAACCACCUGGACCAAAGGCACAGCGAACUGUCGUCCUAAAGACACCGCGAAUGAAAGCCAUGAGAGUGGCAAUGAAGUCGAAACUCUGCAGCUUUCCUUCACGGCGAACUCGCCAGGGGAACAAAGCAGCUUGCUACAGACGGAUGUCAGUUGUGAUUCUGCCCAUGGCGGUGACGACAAGCCAGCUCUUCACACAGCAGCCAGGAGUCCAUUGGAGAUCUUCAGUUGACCUUAGCCCUUUGUCAAUCUCAGCAUUCCCCAUCAGGGUCCAGUGUCCAUUUAUGCCCCUUGAGCACCGGCCCGCAUGUUAAUGUCAAUAUCACAUUCAAUAUAGGUGACAGAGGCUCACCCUGACCCCCAGGAGACUCAGUGCUCCGCCUUAGACAGGAGGAAGAGACUUUCAGUAUCCCAAAACAGGAAGCAGAAAAAGAGUUGCCUGAGCAGGAGAGUAUGGAAUAAAAUGUGUGAACGCCUCCGAAAGUGGGAUUUGCACACGCCUAUCGGGCCUAAUAGGAAUAUUUUUUUACCUCUUAUGAUCAAGGCAAUAUAGAAGACAAAGACUAUCCUUACCGCACGCGUGUGUGUGUGUGUGUCUAUAAAUGGAGUACAUAAAUGGAGUACAUGAAGUCUGCUUUCGUCAUGUUCAAUUUUUGAAUGUGCAGCCCCCAGUUCACCUUGUCUAAUUUUGUUGAGCAUAACUGGUGACAGUAAACCCAUUGUUUUAAAGAAGACAAGCAAAUCCUCAACCCCAAUUUAUCCAGUUCCCAUGUGUUUUAUUAACACAGCUGCUCGAUGUUUUCUUGAAAUAUCCCAAAUAUCAAGAAUUACACAUACUUUGAAGCCUAUUUCCUGCCAGCCAUAAAAAGAAAACACUGGUUUUUAACUUCAAGUGCGUGCCCAUAAAAUAUUCCAUUGCAGCUUCACGUCAUUGAUCACAAAUACCCACCACCGAUAAGUCAACAAUGCUAAAUCUCAUUACCAGUGAGUGUUUAAAUUUUUUAAAAAAUUAUUUUUAUGUACCGGUAGCUUGUAGCAGACAGAUGCACAUUUUGAGCAUGGCGUCUCUGAUCCACUAGUGAAACGACACUUUUGAUUGUCUCUUUCAUCGACAACUAUUUCAAACAGUGGUUAAGAGUGCACGACUGUCCGUGUUUUUAUGCUAUUUGCUGUGUUUAUUUUAUUUUAUGUUAACUGUUUGGUAAAGCACUUUAUUACAGCUGCAGAUGUUGUGAAAGCGCGAUAUAAAUCAGGAUGUAUUGUAUUGUGUGAAUUAUCUUCGGUGUUUUAUCACAGUUUGGUGCAAGACAGUGAAGAAUGUUUUUUUCAGAAACUAAUGUUUAACUUGGAAUUUUUAAUUUCAAUGUUCAUAGGUGGACAGGCACCCCAAAGAGCCAUCGAUGUGAAUACAAAACCUGCCCUCCUUGCAACUCACGCGCACAUUGUCCCUUUAAAUACGGGUUUGGUAUGAUCAUGCUGCCACUUGCUGGAUAAAAGCACAAACAGCAGUCUUCGUGACGAAUAAAGCACUUGAAAAGCGUUCGAUUGCCCAUUGUAUAUCUCAACCCAACUGUCUUAAAAGUUAAAACGUUGCUUCGUCGUGAUAAAUUUGAGCUCGCCUGUGUCACUACGUUUAAUUUUUCUUACCAGCAAACCUGAAGACUAACCUGGAGGUAAUCUGGAAUGUUCAAAUAUUCGGGGGUGAUAGGAGAAUAAAGUUUGAAUUGCAUUAUUUCGCAAGGACAAUUCCGUGGCCAAUUUACUUUAAAAUAUAUAAUUUGAAUGCCAUUGGUUUUUAACAGUAAUUUUCAGCUAUUAAUGUCCUAGUAAUACAUUUGCCCCAUGACCACCCCUCGUUUUUGCGGCCAGUUGGUUGCGCCUGUUGCCGCUGUCUGUUGCUCUCCUUCCUGGUGGAGACUUGCCUCGGAGAAGCUGUCGAUAUCUUUACAUAUCCCGUG